AUGGCAGAUCCCGGAAUCAAAACUGCCACAACUUCAACCAUAGAUGCAGAUACAGGACCAUAUCCAACGAUGACAUCCCCCAGCGAAAAGAAGGCAUCUUCAGACAUAGUCGAAUUGCCUAGUGUUGAUGAAGCCAUCGUAACUGGAGGAAAAGUCUUUACACCUGAUUGGCGUUUUUGGGUCAUACUCACCUCCCUUGGAAUCACUUCUCUCCUCACUGCUAUUGAAGCGUCCGUAACAUCUACUGCGCUACCGUCCGUCGCGAAAGCCUUGGAUGCCAAGGAGCUAUAUGUCUGGUUUGCUAGUGCUUUUUUCCUCACUAGUACUAUCUCACAACCUCUCUUUGGUCAGUUUGCCAAUGUAUUUGGUAGAAGGUGGCCGAUAAUUGUCGCCGUCGCUCUAUUUGCUUUAGGAAGCGGUAUUUGUGGGGGUGCGACUUCCUCCGCAAUGCUGAUUGCCGGUAGAGGAAUACAAGGAAUUGGAGUUGGUGGUGUCAAUGUUAUGAUCGACUGCAUUGUCUGCGACUUGGUACCGUUGAGAGAGCGACCCAACUACAUGGCUUUUAUCUUUUUGAUAUUCGCUGUUGGAAGUUCCCUUGGCCCCUUCGUGGGCGGAGUGCUUGUCGAUCGGGUCACUUGGCGCUGGAUAUUUUACAUCAGUCUCCCAGUUGCAGGUACUUCGCUCUUCUUGAUGCUCAUAUUCCUCCAGGUUGAGUAUCGAAAGCAGACUACUUUCGAACAGAAGAUGAAGAGAAUAGACUGGGUCGGUAAUUUUCUCCUGAGUGGGGGCGUUAUAUCGAUCCUGUAUGCAUUAACAUAUGCUGGUGCGCUUUCGCCUUGGUCCUCGUGGAGAGUCAUAUUUCCUCUUGUUCUCGGCAUUGUCGUAUACAUCCUUUUCCAUUUAUACGAAGCCUCGAGUUACUGCGUCGAACCUACCAUCCCACCUCGAAUGUUCGGAAAUCGCACGUCUGCGAUUGCCUUCAUCGCCACAUUCAUCCAUGGAAUGCUUACUUACUGGACACUUUACUUCUUACCGGUUUAUUUUCAAGGAGUCCUUCAAAGUACCCCAACACGAUCUGGAGUUCAGUUGUUACCAACUGUCAUCGUUCUGGUUCCGUUCGCAAUAUUUGCAGCUCUCUGGACAACAAAAACAGGGCGAUAUAAACCACCUCAGUUGGUGGGAUGGGGGUUCAUGGUUGCAGGGCUAGGGGCACUGUCGAAUUUGGACCAAAACUCAAGCAUGGCAAAAUGGGCAAUUUUUCAGAUUUUGAUAGCCAUGGGAUCCGGAAUGAUCAACACCCCACUGCUACCUGCUAUCCAAGCUGAUCUUCCAGAAAGUGAUGUGGCCGCUUCCGCUGCUACUUGGUCAUUCAUGAGAGCUUUUGGAUCAAUCUGGGGAGUCUCUAUUCCAGGAGCUAUUCUUGACAACCAAUUCAAUAGUAUUGUUGCAGGUCUGAGCGACAAGACUAUUGCGGAUAGGUUGGUUGGAGGUUCGGCUUAUCAGCAAGCGUCAAAAGAUUUCAUCAAUUCCUUUUCCCCGAAUGUCAGAAUUGAGCUUAUUGACGCAUAUUCUCGCUCUCUGAAGAUAGUUUGGUACGCAGCUCUUGGUUUUGGGAUUUUAGGCUUUAUUACAACAUGGGGGGAGAAAGAGAUUGCCUUGAGAGAAACUCUGGAGACUGAUUACGGAAUGAAAGAGCGAAAAGCGAAGAAUCUCAAUGUUGCUGAUAGCCCAUAG